CUUGAGUUUUGUAUGGUCGGGUCACAAUUUGCCAGGUGUAGGCGCUGGGUGCAUUGCAUUGCCAUCGUCUAACACAUUUGCGCUUUGUGGCGGAGGCGACAAGACACGGCGAUCAGCUCUGCUCGGUGGCAAAUUAUCAACGCCCAACCCUCACUUCCCCCCUUGCUCGCCUCCGUGAAAAAGUAGUUGCCGUCAUCAUGGAGUGGGAAGCGCAAUGCCUCGAGUGCGACGAAGUGCUGGACGACGACGAUUUCAUGAGUACGCAGGAAUCCGAGACGAGCGAGAUGCUCGGACUCCUCGUGUCCGACGCGCCCUGGACAGUCGAGCUAUCGUUCGAGGAGCAAACUAUGGUGGCACUGGAAGACCGUGACGUGGACGCUGUGUACCGCGCCAUGCUGCGCCAGGAACUCCUACGACCGGACUUCUCUAAGCAGUACGAGUACCUCAAAUACCGUCGCGUGCUUGUCGACUGGAUGGCCGAAGUAGGGGAGACGCAUCUGCGUAUGCGCAAAGAAUACGUACACGCCGCUGUGGGAUAUCUCGAGAAAGUGUUAGCACGCGACGCGCCAUUGCCACGCAAAGACCGAUUUCAGUUGCUGGCACUCAGCUGCCUACGCGUGGCGCUCAAGUUUCUAGGCACGGAUGAGGAACUGCCUCCCAUGGCCGAGUUCUGGGAGAUGGGGAACCGAAUGUACUCGCAUGAGGAGAUCAGCGAUGCCGAGGCAGAUAUUUUCCAAAAGUGCGUGAGGAAAUUUGUUCGUCAUGCAACGGCUGGGAGUUUUGCCAAGGCACACGAGUAUUUUUAUUUUGCCUGUUACGGUGCUAAAUUUUGCUUUGCUCGUGUACAGAUUGGGCUGGAAUCUCACCAUGGUGACCCCGCUGCACUUCUUGCAACAUUAUAUGGGUCAGACCGUCUUGUUUGCCGAUGACCAACUGCUGGGAUCGGAGCUGGUGGAUGAAGCACACGGAUACUACUGCAAAUACGCCGAGUUUUUCGUGGAUCUGGUAUUGCAGGAGUACUCGCUGCAGGUAUAUCGACCGUCCGUUCUAGCUGCGAGUGUACUGGUGGCAUCUCGGAAGGCGCUUGGGGUGACCCCACUAUGGAGAGACGAGCUGUCGGUGCUCACGGGUUACGACGAGAAACAGGUCGCACCGUGCUUUCAAGCUCUCUGGGAACACUUCGAAGCGACCUUCGGUCCUCGAAACAAAAAUAUCUACGAACGGGACGACUCUCCUUCCGGCGUGACCGAGUUCUGAGGUCUACGUGGUUGUCGCUCCAUUUUCUCGAGAUCGAAAGAGGAGCAAAUACUAUAGUUGUUAGGACGUAGUCAAGUAUUUAUGUCGCUGGCUGGCUACUCCCAGCUAUGUGAUUGGGUUAGCUUCGAUCCAAACCCGAUAACCAUGGCCAGGAGUGGCUAGCGUAGGCGCUAGCGUACGUGUGAGUUCUCUCCAUGCGUCAUUCAGUACUUUUACAAGCAUUGAUUCAAUAAAGAUCCAAGGAUGCCAUCAAACAAUA